AUGUCAGAUAACUUUUGGAGGUCGCAUUCUCGAUCUGAUGCUACUGUCGAUGAAACAAUAUGGUCGAAUCGCUGCCUGGAAAAUGUAUCUAACCGAGUCGAGAUUCUUGUACUCAUCGUAUUUGAUCACAUUCACAAAGCCAUCGGGGUGCAAGAGCGGCUUGUGCAAGCCUGGAAGGAUGGUAAAAUUGUUGUUGCUGAUGAGAUCGAGACAGUCGUCCAGUCUAGGUUUGAAGACGUCUCGCGUACUAGGUUAAAUUUGUUUGAUGGAUCAAACACUGGGUAG